CUACGGUUUUGUCAAGUACUUCACCAACGCCUGGUGCUGGCUGGACUUCUUCAUUGUUGACAGCGAGCGUGCUGGCAGAUGAAGAAAGCUUACACUGAGGGGCCAUCUCAGCCGGCUCAGGGGGCCCCGGGGCCCUCCAUAAAGGGGCGCUUGUGGGUUCCGACUGAGGCUAAAGGUGGUAGUCAACGCCUUGGUGGGUGCCAUCCCUUCCAUUAUGAAUGUCUUGCUGGUUUGCCUCAUCUUUUGGCUGAUUUUCAGUAUCAUGGGUGUCAACCUGUUUGCGGGAAAGUACUACUACUGCUACAAUGCGACUGAAAAGGCAAUGUUCGAAAUUGAUGUAGUCAACAACAAAUCAGAGUGCCAAGCACUGAUAGAUCAGAACUUCACUGAGGUGCGCUGGAGAAACGUCAAAAUCAACUUUGACAAUGUGGGUGCUGGUUACUUGGCUCUACUGCAAGUGGCAACCUUUAAAGGAUGGAUGGACAUCAUGUAUGCAGCAAUUGAUUCACGAAAGGUGGGAGACCAACCAAAGUAUGAGGACAACAUCUACAUGUAUAUCUACUUUGUUAUCUUCAUUAUAUUUGGCUCUUUCUUCACACUCAACCUCUUCAUUGGUGUCAUCAUUGAUAACUUCAACCAGCAGAAGAAAAAGUUUGGAGGUCAGGAUAUCUUCAUGACAGAGGAACAAAAGAAGUACUACAAUGCUAUGAAGAAGCUUGGCUCAAAGAAACCUCAGAAACCCAUACCCAGACCCCAGAACAAGCUCCAGGGCAUGGUGUUUGACUUUGUGACACAGCAGGUCUUUGAUAUCUCCAUCAUGAUCCUCAUCUGUUUGAACAUGGUCACCAUGAUGGUUGAGACAGACGAUCAGUCACAGGAGACUGAAAACAUUCUGUAUUGGGUUAACUUCAUCUUCAUCGUGUCCUUCACCUCUGAGUUUGUCCUGAAGCUCUUUUCACUGCGUCAUUAUUACUUCACCAAUGGCUGGAACAUAUUUGACUGUGUUGUGGUCAUUCUCUCUAUCGUGGGUAUGUUUCUGGCUGACCUGAUCGAGAAGUACUUUGUGUCACCAACUUUGUUCAGGGUUAUCCGUCUGGCUCGAAUCGGACGUAUCUUGCGUCUGAUCAAAGGAGCAAAGGGCAUUCGGACUUUACUGUUUGCCCUGAUGAUGUCACUGCCGGCCCUGUUCAAUAUCGGCCUUCUGCUGUUCUUGGUCAUGUUCAUCUUUUCUAUCUUUGGCAUGUCAAACUUUGCCUAUGUAAAGCGGGAGUCUGGCAUAGAUGACUUGUAUAAUUUUGAAACAUUUGGGAAUAGCAUGAUCUGCCUGUUCAUGAUAACCACCUCAGCGGGGUGGGAUGGCCUUCUUGCUCCCAUUCUCAACUACCCACCGGAUUGUGACCCGAAUAAGGAGAAUCCAGGUACCCCGAUGAAAGGUGACUGCGGAAACCCUUCAGUGGGCAUCUUCUUCUUCGUCAUGUACAUCAUUGUCUCGUUCCUUAUCGUGGUUAACAUGUACAUCGCCAUCAUUCUGGAGAACUUCAGCGUUGCCACGGAGGAAAGUGCUGAUCCACUUUGCGAGGAUGACUUUGAGUCCUUCUACGAAAUCUGGGAAAAGUUUGACCCAACUGCUUCCCAGUUUAUCACCUUUGCCAAGCUGGGUGACUUUGCGGACACUCUGGAGCACCCACUGCGCGUUCCCAAGCCCAACACUAUAGAGCUGAUCGCCAUGGACCUGCCCAUGGUGAGCGGCGACCGUAUUCACUGCCUAGAUAUCCUGUUUGCCUUCACCAAACGCGUGUUGGGUGAUAGCGGCGACCUGGACAUGAUGCGGCAACAGAUGGAGGAACGAUUCAUUGCUGCCAAUCCUUCCAAAGCGUCUUUUGAGCCCAUCACCACCACUCUGCGCCGAAAGCAGGAGCACAUGUCUGCCUCGGUCAUCCAGCGUUCUUACCGUGCUUAUCUUAUUCGGAGAGGCUUCAUCUGCAAGCGCUUGCUCAACUGCAGCAGGCUGGAGAAUGGCGGGACCAAUCAGGACAAGAAGGAGGGCACGCCUUCUACUGCCUCGCUGCCGUCCUACGACAGCGUGACCAAACCUGAGAAGGAGAACCUGGAGGAGAGUGACAGCAAGGGCAAAAAGGGCAAAAACCAAAAAGAGGUCAAGGAAUCCAAGUGUUAGGAAUGACGGAGACUGAACUGUUGAGUCGAGACUGAAGCUAUCUAUUCCAACAAAUGUAUAGAAAAUCAUUUGCAACAAAAAACACAGAAAUCUUUGGGGAACAAGGUUGUUUACAGACAACAAAUGCACCGGGAAAGCAGCUUGGUUUUUACAGAUUUAAUGAUGACCAAACCAACCUAUGAGCUUACUGUCUUAACAUUUGUGCUCCGUGACCAAGACUUUACUGUUCCAACUGCAGCUGAAAGGCACUUGCAAGGAGAAACAAAAUAAUGACCUAUGGCAGACAUCUUUGAUAGGGACCACCUGCCAAAGGACAAAGCAGUACAAAGCAAGCUCAUAAGAUGGAUUCCUUUGCACGAGUUCAGCAUUCCUCUGCUAUGGACAUCCCUUUCAAACACUACACUGCCGAAAUCCCACGGAAACCUCCCGCUCAUCCCAGGAGGAUUCUGGGACGUUGUAUUUCAACCAUAGGAGAACCAGUAAUAACGACGUUAACUCAAUCAUGUGGAGUGUCCGC